GCAUUGUUCUCCAAUUGGAUCAUUGACACGUUGUUACCCCCACUCCCCCCUGCCCUCGCCAGCGCAUCCAUCACCUAUACCUACUACAUACUGUAGAAUAACCCUAUACAACGCCCACAGCUUCAGCGUUUCUGUUAAUUCUCAAACAAUUGUUUGACUACCUACUUCGACAGUAUGACACUUGACGUCCUUCAUUUCAUCGACUCGAAGGGUGGAAAUGCAGAGGAAAUCCGCGAAUCACAACGGAAACGCGGUCUGCCCUUCGAAAUCGUAGACGAGGUCAUCCAAAUGUAUACGGACUGGGUGAAGAUGGACUUUGAGGUCAAUCAGACGAGCAAGGAGAUUAACGCUGUACAGAAGAAUAUCGCAGCAAAGAAAAAAGCCAAAGAGAACGCAGACGAGCUUGUCGCGCAGAAAAAGGAACUAGAUGCGUUGAAAGAGAAGCGUUUAAAGGAGGCGAAGGAGCACGAGACCGCUAUGCGAGUGAAAGCGAGCACGAUUGGAAAUAUCGUUGGGAAAUCUGUACCAGUCAGUUUAACUGAGGAUGAUAAUGCAACUCUCCGGACAUGGCAUCCAGACGGCCCAAAUGGUCAAGUAGCUCAGAAAACCGAUAUCAUGCCUCAUCACGAAGUCUUAUUGCGAUUGGACGCAAUGGACUUAGAACGAGGUGCCAAAAUCGCGGGUCAUCGUGGCUUCUUCCUCACAGGCGACGGAGUAGACCUUAACCAAGCACUCAUUUCCUAUGGACUUGACUUUCUCCGCAAAAAGGGUUACAAGAAGAUCCAACCUCCUUUCUUCAUGAACAAGGACCAAAUGGGCAAGACCGCCCAGCUGGACCAAUUCGAUGAAGAAUUAUACAAGGUCACCGCGAGCGAAGACGACAAAUAUUUGAUUGCGACGUCCGAACAACCGAUAUCCGCAAUGUAUGCAGACGAAUGGUUCGAAGACCCGAAGGCGCAACUUCCCAUUCGCUACGCGGGAUAUUCAACAUGCUUCCGUAAAGAAGCUGGCGCGGCGGGACGAGACAUGUGGGGUAUCUUCCGUGUCCACCAGUUUGAGAAAGUUGAGCAAUUUGUCAUCACGGAACCUGAAAACAGCUGGGAGAUGCUUGAAUCGAUGAUCGAGGUCGCAGAGGCAUUUUACCAGAGCCUUGGAUUGCCUUACCGUGUUGUCGCUAUCGUCUCGGGUGCUUUGAACUUGGCUGCGGCGCAGAAGUACGAUCUCGAAGCGUGGUUCCCGUUCCAAGGCGCAUACAAGGAGCUGGUCUCCUGUUCGAAUUGUACAGAUUAUCAGAGCCGACGCCUCGAAGUCCGCUGCGGUCUUAAAAAGCAAGACCAAACGCGUAAACUCUACGUACAUAUGCUAAACGGUACGCUGUGCGCAACCGAGCGCGCAUUAUGUUGUCUCGCGGAGAACUACCAGACUCCAGAGGGUCUGCGCGUUCCCGAAGCACUGCGACCAUACAUGGGUGGUCGAGGUUUCCUGCCAUGGGUGAAAGAGCUACCAAAAGGGUUGCAGAAGAAGAAAGCAUAGAUAUGUAUAUAAGUUUCAUUCCUUGCCUAGGUUGUCUUCCUACCAAGUCCUCGGUUAAAGAAGCAUACCAAUAGAGUGUAUUCUCUUGUAUAACCCCGUGCAAAUUCAUA